AUGGACGACAUCACUGAGCCUUUCAAUACGCCUGAACGAAAUAAGGAUUCUGGUUCAGAAAGUGUCGACAAUGGUGGCGACGGAAGAGAGAAGAGCGGCAGGUUGCCACCUAAUUUCUCAGGGUCGUUGGACGAACUGGUAAUGCUUCGAUUACCCCAGCCCUUGGGAGCUGGUGCCCCGGGGCAUUCUGCGGAUGAGCAUCACCACCACGCGAAGCCUGCAAGGAAGAUUUUGGAAGAGGAAGAGCGGGAGAAGAUGCAGGUGUUGGUCUCAAACUUUACGGAGGAGCAGUUGGACCGGUAUGAAAUGUAUCGUCGAUCCGCAUUUCCUAAAGCUGCCAUCAGACGGCCGCCACAUUGGUACAACCACGUUGACACAGCCGCCACAUUGGCGCCCGUGAAGGCGGCUGUUGAUGAAAAUGGCGGAAUUACCUUGGAAGACCUGGAGGCAACCCUUGGAAUUAAUGCCAGAUUGAUUUUACUGAUUUUUUUAUUACGAGGAGGCGUUGUGUGGUGCCUUGAGUCAUUGAAUAAUCAUGAUGCGUGGUUACAGUUGAUGCAGUCGAUGACGGGCAGCAACGUUUCACAGAAUGCCGUAAUUGCCAUGUCUGGUCUCGCUAAGGUGUACGUUGGUGAGGUAAUUGAAGAAGCCUUGGACGUGAUGGAGCAAUGGGGAGAAAGUGGACCACUGCAGCCUAAGCACUUGCGAGAAUCCGUUCGCCGGUUGCGCCGACGUGGCAUUGGCAUGGGAUUGACCAAGCAAUAUUUGCGAUUCAUUCCGGGUCAAGUUUUAAAUCUGAUAUGCCACUCAAGUGCUUCGAAUUGCACAUUCGUCAGUGUCGGGAAGAAUGCGCAGUCGCGGUACAUGGCUGUGGCCGCUGCCCAGAAUGUGAUCAUCUGGGAUUUGCUGACGCAAAAUGAGGUGACCACUAUUUAUGGGGAAAAUUCUGAGGUGACGCAGUUGUGCAACUGGAGGAAUGAUUUGAAGAAUUAUUUGUGCGUCGGAUAUAACGAUGGGUCAAUCAACAUAUAUGACCUUUCUUCAGCAGAGAAAAAUGCUGACGAGCUUUUUAGCAUCGGUUCGCCGGUAUUAUUCAAAGGACAUCGAUCCGGCAUUACUUCCUUUCUGUUCGACGACGACGGGCUGAUUUUGGUUUCUGGUGGAAAGGAUUCCGACAUAGUCGUUUGGGAUCUUGUGAAAGAAAGUGGACUAUUUCGUUUGAAAGGACACAAAGGUCCGAUCACUGGCUUGAAGUUUUUCCCCGGUUUCCGGCAACUAUGGAAAAAUGCCGACCCAGACGAGAAACUGGAUGCUGUGGACGAAAGGAAGCUGCUCGCCUCUUCAGGGAAGGAUGGAAUGAUGAAAUUCUGGGAUCUGGGCACUCGACAUUGUUGCUUUACGUUAGCUGUUCCUGCCACAGAGAUAUAUUGCUUUGAAUUCAUCGGACCCAGUUUGACGAAUCGAAACGCCAUUCGAUUUCUGGUCGGCUCAGCUCAAACCGAGGUCGGUGUUUGGGAGGCUACGGAAGUAGACCGGUCAACGCGGCAGUCAACGAUGACGAACGGUGCAACCGAGAAUUUAGACGAUUUGGAAAAUGAAGGAAAGUGGUUUAGAACGGAAAGAAUUGGUUCCAUUAUUCGCGGAACGAAAGGCAGAACGACGUUCCUAAGUUUCAUGCCAUCAACGCGAAUGUUGCUUGUGGCGGGGCAAGACCGCAAAAUUGAAGUGUUCCGCGUGUGUGCGGAAGCUGAAUGUAAGAAACGGUUGAAAAAGCGAAUGAAGAAGGCUGCGGAACGAGAUGGAGGAGUUGUGGAAGAGGUUACUUUGGAUGGCGUCGGACUAGUUGACCAGAUCGUUCGAAGAAACGAAGCCGCUGUAACUGCCCAAGGAAGAAUAAAGUGUUUUUCAGCGGCAGAAGUGGUAGACAAGAAGGCUGGAAAUUGCAUUAAGGUUGUGUGCGGAUUGGCAAACAAUGCUAUACAGUCCUUCCUGUUGAAUCCUGAACAAGCUAGUCUCAAAGGAAGCAAGUCUUCUGGAGCUGUCAAAACUAUAGGGAAAAUCGAGAAGCAUGGCCAUAGAACGGACGUUCGAGUUCUCGACUAUUCUUCGGACAGCACAGGAUUGAUGUCCGCAUCUUCCGAGGCUGUCAAAAUUUGGGUCAAGAAUACGGACGGAUUACUUGCUGUCGCGCGAACUAUCCCGUGUCGAUACGCAGUUUGUGGAACUUUUUUACCUGGUGAUCGCCACAUCGUCCUUGGAACAAAGCCGGGUUACGUUCAAUUAUUCGAUGUGGCCGGUGGCCAGAUGUUGGAAGAAAUUUCUACUGCUGGAUUCGUUACUGGCGGGGAAACAAAAACAGUCCAAAUUUGGGAGCUGGAAUAUUACUCGGCCGAAGGAUCUAAGCGGCUGAGUUUCCUUCACAAGAAAUCUUUGGUCAUGGAAGAGUCAAUUCUAGUAGUGAAAUAUUCUCCUGAUGGAAAAUUCCUCGCUGUUGCCUGUCUGGAUUCCUCCGUCAAGUUAUUUUUCGCGGAUACGUUAAAGUUCCAUCUUACGCUUUAUGGACACAAACUUCCAGUGCUGGGCCUCGACAUUAGUUCAGACUCCAGACUAAUCGUAACUGCGAGCUCCGACAGAACCAUCAAAAUUUGGGGAAUGGACUUCGGUGACUGUCACAAAACGCUUCUUGGUCAUGCGGAUUCCGUGAUGGCUGUCAAGUUCCUUCCUCCAUCAACUCAUCACAUAUUUUCCGCAUCUCGUGACGGAAAAAUUAAGUACUGGGACGCUGACAAUUUCCAGCUGAUCUCCACGAUAAAGGGUAACUUGGGCGAAAUCUGGGCUUUGUCGACAAGCCCCGACGGUCUGCAAGUGGCGAGCAGUAGCAGAGACGGUUCUAUUCGAGUGUGGGAGAAGUCACAAGAAAUUAUCGUGUUGCAAGAUGAGCGCGAGGAGGAAUUGGCUGAGGAUGAAAAGAAUGAUGUGGAAGGUGAUUUGGCACGUGAAACGAUGAAUGCAACUGCUGCAGCAGGCGAAACAAAUCGAGAAUCUGGACUAGCCAGCUUCAUAACAUUGAACGGCGAAGAAGCGUGCGCACGUUUGAUAGAGGCGGUCAAAGUUGUUGAAGAAAUUCUCCCUGAAUGGAAGAAAGCCCUCCGAAAAGCGAAUAAUGGACAGAAGCUCACGUCUGUUGGUUUCGAACCUCACCCGAUUAUGGUGGCAUUGCGAACUGAAGAAGAUCCGUAUGGAAUGCUGAUGGAGACGAUUGCCCGAAUACCUUCGUCACAUGUGGAAGAAUGCCUGACUUUGCUACCUUACGAGUAUGCACGAAUGCUCAUUGAGAUGCUGCAGGUUGUCAUUCGUCGAUGGUAUUGGUUUGGUGAGAAAGAGCUGGAGCGAUUGGAUGACAAAGGCUGCGUGAGGAAACGGAAGUUCAAAAAUUACGUGGAGUAUGCCGAAGCGGUUUUACGUUGCUUACAUUUUCUCACGAGAAUCCAGCACGGUCGUAUUUUUGUGGACGGGGAACUGAUCCGGUCAACAAUGUGUUUGCUGUCAGCCGAUUUGAACCGCUGGUCUGAUGCCGCAAAUGAUAUGGUUGGAUUCAACUUAGCCGGCCUCGAGGCCUUGGAAUCACAGCUAAGAGCUGCCGAAGAAGCGGAUAUAUUUGAAGAAUCCUUCAGUCGUAGCAGUUCGAAGAAGAAGAAUCGGAAACGACAACGCAGAUUACUGGAAGUUCAACAAGCUGUCAUGUCUUUGAGUUGAUGUUGAAUGAAGACACUUUGUUGACGUGUG